CAGGGCUGUCAAAGAACAGGAAGAGGUCUCCCACCGCUGAGAAACACUCGCUUCCCUGUUGUCACACAGGGGGUUAAAAAGUUACCCAAAACUUUGUUGAGCCGCCAUGGUAACCGGUUUUGGACACGCCGUCGGUUCUGGACACCUGUGACGCCGACUCCGCGUUGCUGUCGUCGAAACGAGCGGUUGGAAGCGGGCGACGGCGGAGGCUUUUUGUUCCGCUUUAACUAACUAAUUACCGGAGCCCGUAAGCUAGUCCGGGCUAAAGCUAACGUUAGCGUUGUUUUGUUUGUGUGUGUGUGUGUGCGCGCGCGCCGCAUCUUGUGGAGUUUAACGUUAUCGCUGUAACUUUUAAGAAGUGGCAAAGUUAGUCGCUCGUUGGUGUUCCAGAGAGGCAGCUGGUUGCUUUCGUGCUCGUUGACCCGAGGACUCCGGCUUGUGCUUUGAAUUUCCCUCCUUCAGUCAAACGGACGGGCGGCUUUGUGAGGGGAGAGGGGGGGUUCGCUUGGCUGUGGACCAAAUUACUAGCAGACCUGUGCUAAUUGUGGCUAACUAGCCGAGAUACUAGCACAGGCCCUCUGGGAGCACACUCUCCUUGCUCUCGAGAAGGGCGCCGUUGCCGGGGAGACCCCCUCCACCCCACCGCCGCACGUGUCCGUCUGCACAUCACGUCUGGAGAUUAAUAUACCGACAUGGAUCCCAACACGGGGGGUUCGGCUUCAUCUGCCGGACCCAAGAAGGAGAAGGAGAGGAAGUCGAAGAAGAAAGACGAGGACGGAGAUGGGAAAAAGAAAUUUAAACUGAAACGGCUGUUCCCUGAUGAGCUGGAGCGUCUCACCAGUAUGAGAACGAAAAAGGACAAGGACAAGGAGAAGCCUGCCCAGGUUCCAAGUCACCGACACUCUUCCGCUGCCAGCUACGAGCUCUCCUCCCAGAACGCUAUGCUCUUUGAACAAAGUGACGACGAUAUCCUGGCGCUCUUCGAAAAGAUGCUGGUGGACAUGAACCUGAAUGAGGAAAAGCAGCGACCGCUGAGACAAAAAGACAUAUCGAUUAAACGAGAGAUGGUUUCCCAGUACCUCCACACCUCUAAAGCUGGACAGGACCAGAAGGAGAGGUCCAAGUCAGCAAUGAUGUACAUUCAAGAGUUGAGGGGGGACUACCGCGAUGCGCAGCUGCUCAGCUGUCUGGAAUCCCUGCGGGUCUCACUCAACAACAACCCUGUCAGCUGGGUGCAGAAUUUUGGAGACGAGGGCCUCGCGCUGCUCCUGUCGCUACUCGACCGACUUCAAAACGAGAAAGACGAAAACCCGCAUAUGGGAAACAAAUGUCAGCAUGAGAUCAUUCGCUGUCUAAAAGCCUUCAUGAACAACAUGUAUGGUUUAAAAUCCAUGUUGGGCACAGCGGACGGGAUUCGCUUCCUGGUCAGAGCCAUCAACCCCCGGGUACCCCACAUGAUGGUGGAUGCUGUCAAACUGCUCUCUGCCAUCUGCAUCUUGGAGCAUCCUGAAAACCUUCAUGAGCGUGUUUUGGAGGCCAUUACAGAGGAAGCAGAGAAACGGGACAUUGAGAGAUUUCAGCCUCUUCUAACUGGGAUGAACAAUCAUAACUAUGCUCUUAAGGGUGGAUGCAUGCAGCUGAUCAACGCCCUGAUCAGCCGGGCAGAGGAACUGGACUUUAGAAUCCAUAUUCGCUCUGAACUCUUAAGACUGGGCCUUAGAGAGCAGCUGAAGGAGGUCCGGGGGAUAGAAAAUGAAGAGCUAAAGGUGCAGCUCCAGGUGUUUGAUGAGCAGGCUGAGGAUGACUCGGAGGACCUUAAAGGACGUCUCGAUGACAUCCGCAUGGAAAUGGAUGAUGUGAGGGAAGUGUUUGAGAUCUUGGUCAACACGGUGAAGGAUUCCAAGGCUGAAAAUCACUUCCUGUCCCUGAUGCAGCACCUGCUCCUGAUCCGUAAUGAUUAUUUGGCCAGGCCUCAGUACUACAAGCUGAUAGAUGAAUGUAUUGCUCAGAUUGUGCUUCACAAGAACGGGUCAGACCCUGACUUCAAGUGCCGCAAGCUCACGUUUGACAUCGAAGGUUUGAUAGACAACAUGGUGGACAAAACCAAAGUGGAGGUCAGCGAGGCCAAAGCCGCAGAGCUGGAGAAGAAGCUGGAAGCGGAGCUGACGGCGCGCCACGAGCUGCAGGUGGAUAUGAAGAAGAUGGAGGGUGAUUAUGACCAGAAGCUGAAGGACCUGAGCCAAGAAAAGGAACAGCUGGCCUCUUCCAAGCUGGAGCGAGAAAAGGAGAACCAGAGUCUGCAAGAACAGCUGAGCUCUUUCCAAAACCAGGUUGAAAAGUUAUCUAAGGAUCUGGAAGAGGCCAAAACUAAGGUCAUUACCGUUACUGUUCCCGUGCCAACACCUGGAUUGCCCCCUCCACCACCACCUCCGCCUCUCCCUGGCCAGUCAGGUGUUUCUCAGCCGCCACCUACACCAGGCCACGCAUCCAUACCCGGUCCGAUUCCUCCCCCACCUCCUUUACCCGGCAUGCCGGUACCACCACCUCCUCCGCCUCUUCCUGGCAUGCCGGUACCACCACCUCCUCCGCCCUUGCCAGGUAUGGGACCACCUCCUCCUCCGCCCUUGCCAGGCAUGGGACCACCUCCUCCUCCACCGUUGCCAGGUAUGGGACCACCUCCUCCUCCACCGUUGCCAGGUAUGGGACCACCACCGCCACCACCAGGACCAGGUAUGCCUCCACCUCCUCCAUUUGGUAUGGGAGGCUGGGGCGCUCCUGCACCACCUGCACUACCUUUUGGACUCCAGCCUAAAAAGGAAUACAAGCCAGAGGUCCAGCUGAAGAGGGCUAACUGGAGUAAGAUUGGACCCGAGGACCUGAGUGAGAACAGUUUCUGGACCAAGGCCAAGGAGGAACAAUUUCAAAGCAACGAACUCUUUGCCAAACUCACAUUAACCUUCUCAUCACAAACAAAGUCCAACAAAGUUAAGAAGGACCACGUCGGCGGAGAGGAAAAACAGCCACAGAAGAAGAAGGUGAAGGAGCUAAAGGUUCUCGAUUCAAAGUCUUCACAAAACCUCUCAAUCUUUCUGGGAUCAUUCCGCAUGCCUUACGAAGAUAUCAAGAAUGCCGUCUUGCAAGUCAACGAGAAGGUUCUCACCGAGUCCCUGGUUCAGAACCUGAUAAAACAGCUCCCGGGUCCAGAGCAGCUCAACGUUCUUGCAGAGAUGAAGGAUGAAUACGACGAUCUGGCCGAAGCUGAGCAAUUUGGAGUAGUGAUGUCCGGUGUGAAGCGACUGAUGCCGCGGCUUCAGGCCAUCCAGUUCCGGCUGCAGUUUGAGGAGCAGCUGAACAACAUCAAGCCAGAUGUGGUGGCCGUGACAGCCGCCUGUGAGGAGCUCAGGAAAAGCGAAAAGUUCGCCCAGCUGCUGCAGAUCAUCCUCCUAGUUGGGAACUACAUGAACGCUGGGUCCAGAAAUGGAUCUGCGUUCGGCUUCUCCAUAUCCUACCUGUGCAAGCUGCGUGACACCAAGUCGACGGAUCUGAAGCAGACGCUGCUCCAUUUUCUUGCUGAGGUGUGCCAGGAGCAGCAUGCUGAAAUCAUGGACUUUCCCAAAGAGCUCAUUCAUGUGGAAAAGGCCAGCAGAGUUUCUGCAGAGACGAUUCAGAAGAAUUUGGAGCUGAUGGGGCGUCAGAUCAAAAACUUGCAGAAAGAUCUGGAAACGUUCCCUCCCGCUCAAAAUGAAAACGACCAGUUUGUGGAAAAGAUGUCUAGUUUCGUGAGCCAUGCACAAGAACAGUACGAGAAGCUGGACAUGUUGCAUAAAAACAUGGAGAAGCAAUAUGCCGACCUGGGCGAAUACUUUGUCUUUGACCCGAGGAAAAUCUCCGUGGAGGAGUUCUUCGGAGACCUCAGCAACUUCAAAAACAUGUUCCAGCAAGCGGUGACCGAGAACCAGAAGAGGAAGGAAGCCGAGGAGAAGAUCAAGAGGGCCAAGCUGGCUAGAGAAAAAGCUGAGAAAGAGAAGGAGGAGAAGCAAAAGAGAAGCCAGCUUCCCAACAUGGACGCAGAGGGUGAUGAAACUGGUAUCAUGGAUGGCCUGUUGGAGGCGCUGCAGUCAGGCGCUGCUUUCAGAAGGAAGAGAGGACCUCGACAAGCAGCCAACCACCGGCGAGCUGGUCAUGCAGUGACCAACAUCCUGGCCAAAGAGCUGAUGCAGGAAGACACGUCCUCGUCCAGUAAAGUGCCCAAAAAGAAGGCAAAGUCUGACAAGGAGGAGCCCAAACUAGAUGGAGCAGAAUCCUUGGAGGAGUUACUGGACAGCGUUACCUCUCGGUCUAAUUAGGCUUCCAAGUACAGAAGUUUAUUUUUUAUAUAUGCAGUGGUAUUAAAAAACGAUUUUUACGCAGACAGGGGGCCGACAGCAAAAUGACAAUAGUUCUCUGCGAUUUUUUUUUUUUUUUUUUUUCUCAUCCCGUUCCUUACGUGGAGCAUUUUUCAGCCUUUCUCUUCUGCUUUGGGUUGUGUUGACAGAGAGGGGCAGGACCCAGAGGGCGGUCCUCCAGCAUCAGCAUCUGAAUGUUUGCCAACUUCUUUCUUCAGCAUAUGCACCUAAAUGUUCAUUUUUUCUUUUCCCAAAGACCUACUCAGGAUUGAAUCAUCUCUUCUUAUUUCAAUUUGAAACCCAGACAGGGAAUGUCAGGAACUUCCCACCCACCAGCAAUGGAAACUUUCUGCUUCUUGUCAUUUUUUUUCUUUUUUUUUUUACCCUCUGAGCGGUGAAAUGUAAUUCUUUGUAACAUUUAUAGAUACUGCAAGUCACUGUGUGUAAUACUUUGCUCACCUGUUUUAACCGAAGUGCCAAUCAGUCUCAUCAUUUCACUUGUAGGUGUCGUCCAGUUGUCGUUCACACUGGAGAAAGCAUGUGGACCACAUUAUUAGCAGCACUUCACCAGGGUUGACCUUUCAGACAGGAUUUAUCUCACUCGUGUGUAUCCGACGGUUAUUUUUGUUUUUAUAUAUAUAUUAAUAAAAAUGUGGACCAUAACCGAAACUGUACUGGGAAGCAGGUUUUUGCAUAGAAACCAAAAAACCUUUUAAAGGGUAUUUUCAUACAAAUCAAUGGAGUAGUUUACAUUCCUGUUUUUUUUUUGUUAGUUUGUUUUUUUGUAUAUGAGAAAGUCUGAGUGUGAAAUUGCCCGCCUAUAUUUAGUUUUGUGUGCACAAACCAGUGUGUCUCCUUGCAAGUUUCGGCGUUUGUGUGCAUGUGUGUGUGUGUGUGUUUGCCGUCUCUAAUUACUGUACUACACCAAGCAUGCUGUCAUGAAUGAUGAGCCUUGUGGUCUUUUCUGCUGAGAAUAUAGCGCACUGGAAAACAGCCCAGAAACUGCUGAGACAAGUAUCCGUGUUCACUUGUUAAGCUGUCUGCUCUCCCACUCCCACUCCCGCUCCCGCCGAACUGCAGCCGCCGUCUCCGAAUGUCUGGCCUCGCUGCUGUUUGUUUCUGCAGCCGACGUGUUGCCAUGACGUCUCGCUGUACAGAGCCGACAGGAAGCCCGCCAGGUGAUGCCCGCUGCUCAGUGCGCUCCUAUGCGAGUCCUUCAGCGUAGCCCGCAGCCCAGCUCUACUGGCCAGUCAGUGCUGCGCUGCUACGGCAUGCUCUGUACAAACGAAUGUUUACUUCUUCUUUUUGGUUUAUUUUGGGAGAAAGUGGCACUUAAAACGUCAUCAGAGGGAUUCAAACGAAGCACUUGAGGUGUGGCAAUGUCCGAUCUGGGAUCUAGUGCUUUAUUUUAAUCUUCAAACGGCGAGGAAAUACCCAAUUAACUGCUGCGCUUGCACAACGCAUCUCCUUGCUGUAAUUAAACAGACUUGACUGCUGUUAUUGUGUGAUCUUCUCUCUGUUCAGGAAGGCGGCACUAGAUGAUUGUAUGUUUUCACAUAUAAAGAGCAUCAAACCACCACUGGAAUAUUCUGCCUGAUCUGACUUAUUCCUCUUUUUUUUUCUGUACGUUUUUCCAUUUUUUUUAUGAGAUUUGGUUCUAAAUAACCUUUUACGAUAAUUUUAAUGUAUAUGAAUUGUUUUCUUUGUUUUUGUUUUUUUGAGCGAUUGCUUUAUGCAUAUGGAAAAAUGCACAUUCCUUCUGGUAAUUUUGAUUAAUUAAAUUGUCUUGCAUAAUUUAA